GGGAGACUGGGAGAGUAAUUUCCUGCGCAAACCAAACGUAGAAGAGAAGCCCAGUACAUGUCUGGCUACAACAAGCCACAGCAAGAAAAGUGGUCCAAGCUGGCCACUAAGGGAGGGCUUGCCCACCCCGGCAAAGGAGCACAGCAGCAGCGCGAGCCAAGAGGAUGAGGAGGGGCUCUGGGAGCGGCCCGGCCCGGUGGCUGCAGGUACUGUCGCCCUUCCUGCUGCCUUUGUUCCACGGAGCUCUCCCGGAUCAGAUCCGCUACUCCAUUCCGGAGGAGCUGGCCAGGAACUCGAUGGUAGGAAGCCUCGCCAAGGAUCUGGGGCUGGGUAUCCAGGAUCUGCCCACCCGGAAGCUGAGGGUCAGCGCAGAGAAGGACUAUUUUACUGUAAACCCAGACAGCGGGGACUUACUUGUGAGUGGCAGAAUAGACAGAGAGCAGGUUUGUGGGAAGCAGCCUGUGUGUGUUCUGGAAUUCGAUAUUGUCGCUGAGCAGCCAUUAAAUAUUUUCCACGUAGCUGUGACUCUCCAGGAUGUAAAUGACAACGCUCCUCUAUUCAAGCAGAGUGAGGUUGAUUUAAACAUCGGGGAGUCCACCAGACCAGGUAAAGCAUUUCCAUUGGAUCCAGCCCUCGAUUUAGAUGCUGGUUCUAAUUCGCUGCAAAAGUACUAUCUCACUGACAAUGAAUACUUUGAAGUCACAGAGAAAGAGACCCCAGAUGGUCGUAAAUAUCCUGAGUUAAUUUUAAAACGUUUUCUGGACAGAGAAGAGCAGAAUUUUCACCAACUGGUCCUCACGGCUGUGGAUGGGGGGGAUCCUCCGCGAAUUGGCACCGCCCAGAUCCGAAUCCAAGUCACAGACGUCAAUGAUAACCCGCCAGUGUUCAGCCAGGAUGUGUACAGGGUCACCCUCCGGGAGGGUGUGCCGCCAGGCUUCCCAGUGCUUCAAGUGACAGCCACCGACCAGGACGAGGGCGUCAACGCAGAGAUCACCUACUCUUUCCACAACGUGGAUGAACAAGCGGAGCGUUCUUUCCACUUAGACAAGCGAACGGGAGAAAUCACGACAAAGGAUAAUUUGGAUUUUGAGACUGCUAAGAGUUACACCCUCAAUGUAGAAGCAAAAGAUCCCGGAGACCUAGCAUCCCACUGCAGUAUCCAAGUGGACAUUCUGGAUGAGAAUGAUUGUGCCCCAGAAGUAAUUGUGACUUCAGUAUUUACCCCCCUACCUGAAGAUUCUCCUCCAGGGACAGUCAUCGCCUUGAUAAAAACCAGGGACAGAGACUCGGGAGAAAAUGGAGACGUUCACUGCCACGUCUUGGGAAAUGAAGCGUUUAUAUUGAAAUCGUCUUCCAAGAAUUAUUACAAACUGGUGACGAACAAAGCUCUAGACCGAGAGGAGAUUCCAGAACACAACGUCACCAUUGAAGCUACCGACAGGGGUAGGCCCCGGCUCGCCUCUAAGGUAACCAUCACUCUCCAUAUCUCAGACGUCAACGACAACGCUCCGGUUUUCCACCAGGCCUCCUACUUG